AACUAGUUGACUGUGAUGGACUGGACCAGGCAUGCAGAGGUGGACUGCCAUCAAAUGCUUAUGAAGCUAUUGAAAAACUUGGUGGUCUGGAGACUGAAACAGACUAUUCCUACACUGGACACAAGCAGAAUUGUGAUUUCACAGACAAGAAGGUAGCUGCCUACAUCAACAGCUCUGUGGAACUGUCCAAAGAUGAGAAGGAAAUUGCAGCUUGGUUGGCAGAGAAUGGACCAGUCUCUGUUGCUCUGAAUGCCUUUGCUAUGCAGUUUUAUAAAAAGGGUGUGAGUCAUCCAUGGAAGAUCUUCUGCAAUCCCUGGAUGAUUGACCAUGCUGUGCUGCUGGUGGGAUACGGUGAACGAAAUGGUAUCCCAUUUUGGGCCAUCAAGAACAGCUGGGGGGAGGACUAUGGAGAGCAGGGUUACUACUACUUAUUCAGAGGGUCCAAUGCGUGUGGGAUCAACAAAAUGUGCUCUUCUGCUGUAAUCAACUAAACGACCAUCUCUACGUAACACUGAAACAAACGCACAUCUUAAUUGUGUUUCCUGUCCUGCCUAACCCACCUCAACAGAACCCAAUGCUUCACAGCUCAACGUGAUUCACCUGAAGUUUUACUGAUGUUUGUUUUACACCUGAGAGCUGGUGUUCUGCCCUCAUACCUCAUGUCACUUUACCAAGUUGUACCAGCACUAAUAAAGCUAGCUUUGAUGUGUUAAUGAACAUUUGCAGCAGUUUUAAACUAGAUUUUAUGUGCACAUUUUAUUCCAUAAGCAAACAGUAUUGGUUGUAUCAUCUUUGCUAGCAAUAACAGGUGUUGUGUUUGAUGUCUUACUGGUUUGCUCUCCUGGAAUUUUUCUCAUCACUCUUUGUGCUUAAUAUAUAGACUUGAAAAAUGUUUUUGUUUUAUUUUAUUUUAUUGAAUUGAGCUGAACAAUGAUAGAAAAAUGCAAUGGAAAUGUGACCAAGAGUGAAAACAUUGAAUAAAAAGCCCAAAUAUAUUUUAAUAA